AAGUUCUUAUGUGAAUUUUCGAGGACAAAAUGUUGCGUCUUAUGCCUGGCGCGAGAACCACCAAUAUUCCUACAUCUUUUAUAUCAUAUAUAUCUUAUCAUUUCUGAGCUAAAUAGCAGCUCAUUUUGGUUUUCUGCAAACAUUGCAUCUAAGAGCUGCUUGUUUUGAAUUUGCAUACAUGGCUUGAACUGGCUAACGUGAGAGAAAAAGUCGUGAAUGCUUUCAGAAAUCACCAAGAAAGUUUGAAAUGGGGCAAUGAAUUUCUGUAAAAAAUCUAACAGCCACGAUGAAUCACUUGAUUAUAACGAUGGUUGAAAUGAUGAUGAUGAUGAUUACUAUGAUGAUGAUGAUGAAUGAAUGAUGGUAUCAUAGUCCCAGUACCACACGACCGUCCACAGUAAACACUAGAAGAAGCUUAGCCGCGGCACAGCAAGCAUAAAGAUAACAGAUUAACUCAUUACUUAUAUCCGCUCAUUUACGAUAUUGAGCUACUACUCGAUCAUUUUGUGCCUUGUUUACAAGGAUAUGUCUAAAAACUUCAAAUUCUUGCUCUCCUAAAAGAGUGUUCAUUCAUCUCUUGAGCUUCUUGGGGACCAAACAUGGCGGAGAAAUCCGCUACUCUGGGCUAUUUGCACAUGCAAGUCAACCGAGGCGAGCUACAGAAAGUUCGUGUAAAGCUUUCUCGGGAGGCCUUGACAAUCCAGAAAGAAGGCGGUCCGCCAUACGCCUCACCAAAUGCUCAACAAGCUACCGGUUCAGGAAAUAAUCGCAGGGAGGUCCGUAUUGCUCGGAGAAAAGUGGGUGGACUGGGAAUGAGCAUAAGGGGUGGAAAAGAAAGCAACUUACCAAUAGCAAUAUCAAAAAUAUACAAGAAUCAGGCAGCUGCUGCUACUAGACAGUUAUAUGAAGGAGAUAUUAUUGUAGAGGUUAAUAAUCAAGAUAUGACAAAUGCCACUCAUGAUGAAGCAGUGGUGGCUUUGAAGGAAAGUGGUCCAGAGGUGGUGUUGGUUGUUGAGCAUCCAAGUACAGGGUCUUUGGGUCGACAAGAAAAACAAGCAAAUGGUAUUGUUAGAAGUAUUGAAGAAUCCAGUGAAAGGCAGCGCUUCAUGAAUAGUACGUCUUCAGAUUAUGGUGAAACAGAUUCCAUGUCAUCCAUGCAGAGUUGGACGGACAACAUCAUUCUCCCACUCACUUUUGCCUCAAUUUCAAGAUACAAGACUGGAGAAGAUAAUCUCAGGUCCAAUGCGUUUGAAGUGAGUUCAAUGGAUGGUGGUGCAUCAGUUGUAUUAUACAGUGAGAAUAGUGGAGAACUGUUAUCAUGGUAUACAGCCAUCAAGGACAGGAUAUCCAUGCUCCUGGAUCAGUCGAUUAACAUGUCCAACUCAUCACUACCUUCAGCCGAGCAGAUCAUCCACAUGUGCUGGGUCUGGGAACGUAUCCAAUCAACAACACACUGGAAUGUGUGGAAGCGCAAGUUUAUGACAAUUAAAGGCUGCGAAAUAGCCUUAUUUGAAAUGCCUCCGGUUGUAACACGUGACUGGCUUCAAAGUGAGAUCACUUUUAAUUUAAUGGAAAUUGUAUUCCAUGUUUGUCGGGAAGAUGAACUUCUUGACAAGAGAGAAAACUGUUUUUACAUUCAAACCUGUACAGGAGAGAGCUGCUACUUCAGUGUUGAUACACAAGCUGACUGUACAGACCUUUCUAACAGUGUACAUCGUGCUACUCAUAUCUCAGUCGCACAAGUAGAGUGUCGGACUUUUCCUGGCAAGUGGCAUGGACGUGCUGUCAAACUUGUACUAGACUUAAAGCGUGGUUUACGACUGUACAGUGCAGAGGAUAGGACGUUGCUAUGGCAAUACAGAUUUUCUUAUCUAAGAGGUUCAUCAGAUGACGGGCAUAAGAAAAUCACCCUUCUAUUUUCACCUGCUCCAGGGGGACCAUUUGACAGACAGGAACUUGAAUUUACCAAUAUGCAGCUAGUGCUGACAGUGAUGCACGCCUUCUAUGCUGCUAAAGUUGCUCAAGUGGACCCAAAAUUUGUAAUGGAAAAUUCCUUCUAAACUCAAGAGGAAUGACACAGAUUCUACUUGGUGGAGUUCGCAGGGUAAAUCUUAGCUAUAAUGACUGGCUCUUCUUUGGUCAGAUUGAUAUCAAUAGAAAUGGUGUUGCAUUAAAUGUUGCCAUUUAAAGAACUUUAAAGAAACCUAGGUAUUCCAGACUGCAAAUGAUACCUAAUAUUUUACAUAACUAACACAGGUAUCCCACUAGGGGAAAAUGUGGGACAACUACAUGUACAAAGGAUGGGAUAAAAAUAACCUUGCAUAUGGUUGCUAUGGAAAUGACAAAAAACACAGGUUUCCCAAAAGGGCAAAUAGGGGAGGUGGAAUUUAAAACGAAAAAAUGAUUAAUGGUGUAAAUUACAAUGAAAUUUAAUAGAAAUUGAUAUUGAAAAAUAUGGCUAAAUAAGAACAAAAAUAGUGCAAACAUUAAAAUUUCAAACUUGGCUUGCCGUUCAGGACUAGAUUACUAGAAUAUUAUUCUCCCUGAUGGGAGGUCAGUAUUGAGAAUAAUUCACCUGAACAUCUCAUCAUCUGCUCUCACAGUGCCAUGGGUUGCAUGCAGAGGCCUUAACACUCAGGAAUGCUUUCAGAUUCCAUAAUUUCUAUAUACCUAUUUCAAAACAGAUAGCCAUCGCUAAAGGCAAUAGGCGAAACGUUAUAGGUCAUUCCAAGAUCCAAGAAUAGCUGGAAUGACUUGUGUUUCUGCUUCUUAUUCUCGACAAGAACAUGGACCUUAGUAUUGAGACUGAUUCAAUGUUGUUUGUAUUCAACAAGACCAUUUCCAUGUCAGAAUGACCGCCUAUUGUCUUUGGCGAGGACAAACUUUUUUGAACAAGGUGUAUUUAUAGAAGCGGGUUAUUAGUGGUCAGCCCAAUCACCUGCCYGAGGGCAUAAAGCUGAACAACCCUGUAAUGAAGAUUACAGUUAGCUUUCAUCUAUCGUUACUACUCAAUUCACUAAACACCUUUAUUGUUGUUGAUAGGAUUUUUUUUUUUUUU